AGAUUCCUUCCUGGUCAAGGGAUAAUACUGUAUCCACAAAUAGGAGAUAAACUGGAUAUAAUUUGCCCUAAAGUGGACACCAAAUCUACUGCCCAAUAUGAAUAUUAUAAAGUCUACUUAGUGGAUAAGGAGCAAGCAGAUAGCUGCACUAUAAAAGACAAAACGCCUUUGCUGAACUGUGAUAAGCCAGAGCUGGAUGUGAAGUUUACCAUCAAGUUUCAGGAGUUCAGUCCGAAUCUCUGGGGACUGGAAUUCCAGAGAGACACGGACUACUACAUCGUAUCUACAUCCAAUGGCUCAAAAGAGGGGUUGCAUAACCAGGAAGGGGGAGUAUGUGUUACUAAAGCCAUGAAGAUCCUUCUGAAAGUUGCUCAAGAUCCUGACUCUCCGGGUAAUAGUCAAGAUGCAAACCCAACAAGACGCCCAAAUCAAGAGUCUGGAACCAAUGGAAAGAGCUCUACCACGAGUCCAUUUGUCAAUGGUCCUGAAGGGUCUAGUACAAAUGGAAAAAAUAGUGGACACUCAAGUAUCAUUGGAUCUGAGGUGGCCUUAUUUGCAGGGAUUGCUUCAGGGUGCAUCAUCUUCAUCGUCAUCAUCAUCACGCUAGUGGUGCUUUUGUUGAAAUACAGAAGAAGACACAGAAAGCAUUCACCCCAGCACACAACAACAUUGUCCCUUAGUACAUUAGCCACACCAAAGCGUAGUGGCAAUAACAAUGGUUCAGAACCAAGUGACAUUAUCAUCCCUUUAAGGACUGCAGACAGUGUCUUCUGCCCACAUUACGAAAAGGUCAGUGGGGAUUAUGGACAUCCUGUUUACAUUGUGCAAGAGAUGCCACCACAAAGUCCAGCAAACAUCUACUACAAGGUCUGA